AUGCCCCAGCCCAACAUGCCUGGGAGCAAUGAGGUUAAUGAGCACGCCACCGUGCCCUCGUCUGUCCCCAUUGCGCCGUCCGCGUCCGUCCGCUCUAGGUCGCCAAGCGCCUCGACCCACGCCGAGCCUGCCAGCAUCAGCUCCGUCCCCGGGACUGACGUUGAGGGUGCCUCCCCCUUCCUGCCCGCUGCGCCGUCGACGCCUGUCCGCUCGUGCGAUAUAGCAUGGGGCGACAUGACUGCGCCAUCGCCGACCAUUAUGCGCAUGCUCAUGCCCGGUUCGCCUCGGUCUGCCCCACGCCCCGCAGCCAUUCCACCACCUGGCAGGCGCCAGUAUGUCAUUGCGGCGCCAGCAUCGCCGCCCGGAGUUCCCUGGAGGCCCGAGUUGGAUGCCUCGGCCCUGGUCAGGUUCAUUUCCGACUGGGCGGCCGGUGUCCCGGCGACCGAAACGCGCAACUUCUUCGUCCCUCCAUCCCCGGCACUUGACGAGGACCCAUCUCUCAGCACCGCGGACCCUGCCGCAAUGGCUCGCAUCAGCGCCCAGGCGGAAACCAUCAAGGCCCAAGAGAAAACUAUCGACAACUUGCACGACACCGUCGACUGGCUGACACGUUCGGGCGUGUAUGUGGAGAGCGCAGAGUCCUCGCGCAAGACCCCGACGGGUGAGGAGGAGGCUGAAGAAGCCUGA